CGGAAGUGGCGGAACUGCAAGUUUUGAAUGCUUCUAAAUCUUUUUGAAUCUUCUAAAUGCGAAUUUUGUCACUGUUUUCGAGCGCGCUUGCUUAAGAAUAACAUAUUGAUACUAACACCCAAAAAACUUUUGGUUUCAGGGGACUUUAAGAAAAUAUAAUUUAAAAACGAAACCUUUUCUUGUAGACCAAAGUUGCACUGAAAUAUAAUAAAGUUUUCCCUGCUGUACCUAAAAUGUUCCAAACCAUAAUUUUUGUGCAUCAUUUUGUGCUUUUUAAUAAUUUCAUGUCACUAGGGAUGCGUAUAAUUGUAUAGCAUACACAAUGUAGGCUAUUAAUAGGCUACUUCACAUUUAACCACAAGUUGUGGUUUUACAGCAGUGCUUUAGUACAUACGCGAUUUUUAUUGUAGUUGCUAUGUUAAUUUGUUUGUAAGGGAAGUUUAGCUCAAAUCCUGUGUGGGUCAAAUCCACCCAUUAUGACACACUGCCAGCUGAGAAGACUGGGUACAUCCACAUCUCUGAUCUUCUCACUCUCAGUCAUACAAAACUGACCGCUUUACCAUAUCUACAUCAUCCUCUGAUAUCAGGAAUGAAGAAUUGGGAGUUUAAGUUAACACAAGAGUAGUAUGCUGGACGUGGGAAAGUGGCCGGUGUUUGCCCUCCUGCCCCCUGAGGAACUGCGGCUCAUCCGCCAGGCUUGUGUGUUCGGUAGUGCUGCGAAUGAGGCUAUCUAUGUUACCGUCAAUGAUGAGGUGUUUGCACUGGGGACGAACUGCAGUGGCUGCUUGGGGCUCGGGGACACGCAAAGCACCAUUGAGCCCAGGCGGAUAGACAUCUUGUGUGGGAAAAAAAUUGUGUCUUUAAGCUACGGCACAGGACCACAUGUGGUCAUCGCCACUGCAGAUGGAGAAGUUUAUGCCUGGGGUCACAAUGGCUACAGUCAGCUGGGUAAUGGCACCACCAACCAUGGCCUGACUCCUGCCUUGGUUUCCACCAACCUCAUCAGCAAGAGGGUGACAGAGGUGGCAUGUGGUUCUCAUCACACCAUAGCCCUCACCACAGAGGGAGAGGUGUAUGCUUGGGGAUACAACAACUCCGGGCAGGUAGGCUCUGGAUCCACAGCCAACCAGCCCACUCCACGCAGGGUUAGUAGCUGCCUGCAGAAUAAGGUGGUGGUCAACAUCGCCUGUGGACAGCUCUGCUCUAUGGCUGUUCUGGACAAUGGGGAGACUUAUGGCUGGGGUUAUAACUGCAAUGGGCAGCUUGGUUUGGGUAACAAUGGCAACCAGCAAACCCCGUGCCGGAUCGCAGCCUUACAGGGAAUCAACAUCGUACAGGUGGCAUGUGGAUACGCACACACUCUGGCUCUUACAGAUGAAGGAUUUGUUUACUCUUGGGGUGCAAACUCAUACGGGCAGCUGGGUACUGGCAAUAAAAGCAACCAGGCUGUGCCCACCCUCAUCAACAUGGACAAGGAAAGAAUGGUGGAGGUUGCUGCAUGUCACACCAGUCACACAUCAGCAGCGAAAACACAAAGCGGUCAGGUGCUAAUGUGGGGUCAAUGUCGGGGUCAAGCUGUUGCCUACCCUCACCUCACACACUUCACCAGCACUGACGAUGUCUUUGCCUGCUUUGCCACACCAGCAGUCACCUGGCAUCUCCUGUCUGUGGAUGGAGAUGACUACCUGACUGUUGCCCAGUCGCUAAAGCGUGAGUUCGACAGCCCAGAAAUCUCAGAUUUAAAGUUCCUGGUAGAUGGGAAGUGUAUUCACGUGCAUAAAGCCCUGCUUAAAAUCAGGUGUGAGCAUUUCCGAGCAUUGCUGAAUGAGACUGAUGAAGAGACCAUAGAGAUUCAUCAGUUUUCUUAUCUGGUGUACCGUGCAUUCCUGGAGUACCUGUAUACUGAUACCAUCAACCUCCCACCUGAGGAUGCCAUUGGUCUGCUGGACUUGGCCACAUACUACCGUGAGAGCCGCCUGAAGAGACUGUGUCAGGAUACCAUCAAGAGAGGCAUCACAGAGGAGAAUGCUAUUACACUUCUCUCAGCUGCUGUCAAAUAUGAAGCCCGGGAUCUGGAAGAGUUCUGUUUCAAGUUUUGCGUUAACCACCUGACAGCUGUCACUCAGACGCAGGCCUUCGCCGACAUGGACCACGAUCUGCUGAAGAACUUCAUCAGCAAAGCAAGCCGCUACGGGGCAUUCAAAAACUAACAGAAGGAUAUUGGCCAAGGAGGUAUUUUGCUUUGGCUCUGCUACAUCCAGGCAAGUUAUCUCUAAUAACUCAGAUCUGGAGAGAGGAGCCAAAUUUCUGUCGUUCAACCGUCAAGAAGUGGUAAAAGCCACAGCACUGGUUGUCUGGGUCCUGGUGCCUUUAAAUUAAAUCCCUAUCUGAAGCCCUAUGUAAAUGGAAGAAUUUAAGACUGGAUUCAAAGGGACCAGACGAGUCUCAAAAGAUUGUAUUUGAAAUAGCUUAAUGAAAAGGUGCUUUGUGAGCAAGGGAUUCAUCUGUGCAUAAGCAAAAGGGAAGGCCAUAUCAUGUAGGAAAUGGCUGAAGGGGGAAAAGAGUUACUUUUCUGUUACGGAAUUAUUGUUUUGGAUCAAGAUCACAAUAAUUUUCAAUAUAUUUCCAGUGUUUAAAUAUAUAAUGGAUUGGAAAGUUAUAGUCAGCCAAACAAGUUGUCCGAGUUGUCUGAAAUCCAUCUAUCAUUAUGAUGGCCUUUAUAAAGCAGGCCUCCUAAAGCGGUACCUCCUGAGGGAGGUUACCUGCGUCAUAGGAUAUCAUGUUUUUUUUCUUGGCAUUAGAAUAAACUUUACACAGUAAUAUGUAAUUUUACAGUGGUAUAGCUUUAUUUUUAAGUGAAAUACUAAGUGGCUAGAGUUUAAUUUACAGAUCCAACUAAUGUCAUUUAUGUAUUUUUUUACUUAAUGUUACUUUUGAUAUGUUUGCUCUCUUUCUGUGUAUCAGUAUUAUUUUCAAUGUCAGAAGGGUUUUUACAAGUGUCGAUAAAAUCUCUCAAAAAAAUGUCAAGGAACUGUUCAGAACAUUUUUUAGCCCAAAAUAGAGAAAAACAAAACAGGAAAUUAUAUUUUGCUUAAGAAAACCCUGGUUGUUGGAUUUUUAAACACACACCCACCUACCCCUAUACACACAUUUAAGCAUUAUAUUCGUAAUGUCUUUUAGUUUUUUUUUUUUUUUUUUUGAACUGAAGUAUGAGGCAGACAUUAUAUCCAUGACAGCUGUGGAGUUGGGAAAUAGUGCCCUCUGGUGGUGUUGAUGCAAAACUAGCCAUGUGCCCAUAUUAUGUCAUUCAUUAAUUUUCCAUACACGUUAUUAAGGUUUUCUUUUACUUACAGUGACUCAAACAGAUAUUUUUAUCAGUCAUUAUAGCAUCAACCGAUCCAAACUAAUCUUGAAAUAGCACUUGAAACAAGAAGCAUAUAAACAUAUAUAAUUCAAGUGUUAACAGUAAGUUAAAAGGUGUUAAGCAAGCACAGCCUGAAACAAUCAGAGAGAGCUUUUUCUCUCACACUGGUAACAAUGUCUUGAUUCUUGACGGUCAGUUGUUACUGUUUAUACUUGUUUACACAGUCAGUGGUUUCUGUUGGGUUGUAGAUAUUUUUUUUUCUUUUUUUGGUAACCCCAUAAAUGAGGGUAAGGACUGCUAACCCUACCCGUGUUUGCCAAGCUAGUGUUGUUAAAUGUUCCCCAGUGGUCAUGUUAUGAAUGGGGACAUAAAUGAUUUGACACUUGAAUAAUCUCUUUAAGAUGAUACCAAACUUAUUGUUGUCAUUUAAGCACAUGUCAUACAGCACUUUGAAUAUUUAAAUAAAUAUCCUCUAUGAUAA